UGGAGUCGUACACCACUGUACUUGAGUCCCACAGAGUCCCGACACGAAAGAACUAGCCGGUAUCAGCACCACUGACGUUCUUGCGGUCUGUUCUUUAUUCUGGCGAAUGCCAGGGGGGCCGCGGGCUCUCGUGGGCCCUCGUGGGCCGUUUGAGUCGGUCGGCCAAUCAGAGAGCGGCAUUAUUGUCACAGCCUUGCGGCCCCUUCAUCGCAAUCGGCGGCCCAAUAACAUCUCGGCCCACUUUCAAGCGACAAUCAUUUUCUAUGGCCAUCUGAAAGCCACAUUUCUCCAAGUCCCUCAACCCUUGAUUAUUUGUUUGCAAAAGUUUAAAUGAAGCAAUGACUUGUGGGGAUUUCAAGACCGAAUCGAGUAGGAUAGACCGCGUCUGCGUGUUUGGGGUUGUUGGAAGUUUGAAGCUAUAGGCCUACUUUGGAAGUUGGAAGCUAUACUCUGUCGCCAUCAGUGAUGGCGACAGAGAAAGAGGUCCGUGUUAACUUGGAUUCGAUUGACGUGAUAGACAGGGUUGCGGAGAAGAGCACCGUACUUUGUUAACUGCAUGACGGUAAGACAUGUUUUUAUUAUGGAGCAGCUGUCUCUGAUGAUCUAUUCAUUUUUUAUGCAGUUGGUGCAUUGUUUAUGCCCAAGUGAAGGUCACCAUCAAAAGUGCGUUUUUAUUUCCGUGCGUGAAAAGUUGUACUGUAUCUGCGAUUUGCGCGCGCGCCCCGCGGGUACAAAUGCCAUGGCCGUUUUUUGAUCCCAGUCCGAUCAGCACCCAGGUGAUUGAAGUUCCGCUGCCGUGCAUUGGAACGGUCACUAUCGUUCGAAUAAUAAUGGCAUAAAAUUGUGUUACCAACACAAGGUAAAGCUGGAAACUGCAGGGAGUUUACCGAUUGAUAAAUGGCAGGGUCGAAGAAGCGACCGUUGGCAAAGCGAGCUGUCAAAAUAUAUAAAGGACCAGUAAACUCGUGUUUAGUUGUUAACAAUGAAUAGGAAUUGGUUUUGAUCACGACAUCAAGUGGGCAACAGCAUAAUAAGUUCUGACUCUGUGUCUGUAACCAUGGCGAUGACCACCUCAGGGGCUGGAGUUGCAAGCCCCAAGAGCGAGGCAGUAGUCAAUGAACUGCAGGAGUUGACCCUUCAACCUGCAAACAAGCUUCUGCCAAUCAGAGAGAGGAAGAACAUCCUCCAGCUGAAGCUUCAGCAGAGGAGGUCCAGACAGGAGCUGAUCAACCAGGGGAUCAUGCCUCCAUUAAAAGGUUCAGCAGCCUUCCAUGAUCACAGGAGAAGCCUGGAGCGAGCCCGCACGGAGGACUUCCUGAAGACCAAGUUCCGCUGCCGUCCAGAGCGAUCUGAGCUAAUCAGGAUGCACAUCCUGGAGCAGACACGCGCGGAGCCCUGCCUGCAAGCCACGCAGCUGCAGCUGAAAAGGGCGCGCCUGGCCGAUGACCUCAACGUCAAGCUCUCCCACCGUCCCGGGCCUAUGGAGCUCAUCCACAAGAACAUCCUACCCGUCCACUCCAGCAUCAAGCGGGCCAUCAUAGACUUCCCCAAGGCGUCGGGCGAGAGCUCAUCCUUCGACGAGGACAGUAGUGGCAGUCUCUCCCCGGAGCCGCUCUGCUCCCAGGAACUCCCCGAGGCUCCGGGACCUCUGCUGUCUCCCCUGGGAAGCCUUACACCCUCCCCCACGCAGUUCCUCAAUCAGGUCCCGCCAUCAGCCUCUUCUAUCCCGACCAAUCCCGCCUCCACCACGAAUCUGACCAAUGAAACGGCAGCGCUGCCUUCUCACAGAGAUCCCAGUCCAACAUCAAUGAAGUCCCAGUAUAAGAUGACCUCUUCGGCCUACAGACCCAAGAAGCUCAAGGACCAGCCCAAGAUCAGGAAGCUGAAGUACCACCAGUACGUCCCGCCGGACCAGAGGGGCGGCAAGGAGCCCCCCGCUGCCCCCCAGCUGGACUCGUCCUACGCCAAGCUGCUCCAGCAACAGCAGCUCUUCCUACAGCUGCAGAUUCUCAGCCAGCAGAAGCUCCAGCAGAAACUACAGCAGCAGCAGAACCACAACACCAACAGCGUCAACUACGCCACCAUCCUGCCUGCCAGGCCCAAGGAUCACCAGUCACCUCCGGCCACCUCCUCUUCCUCAUCCUCUUCCUCCUCCGCCCUCAUCCCCACCUCUGCUACCGCCCCCUCCUCCCCGCCCAGAAACCCCAGUGCUCCCCCUGCCAGCCAGAGCACUCUGACCCACCUGAGGGCUGCCUCGGCUGGGGAGACCAUGCCCCAGACUCUGCCCUCCAACCUGGAUGAGAUGAAGGUGGCGGAGCUGAAAGCGGAGCUGAAGCAGCGUCACCUGACCGUCUCGGGCACCAAGAGCGACCUCAUCGAGCGUCUCAAGGCCUAUCAGGAGCUGCACGCCGCGGCAGGCAUGGGCGGGGGCAUUGUCACGGGCACCCCCUCCGCCACCAUCACCAUCACCGUCCCCUCCCCCUCCUCACUCCUGCCAGCAGGGGGAGCCGCAGAGCCAGAGGCCCGGGGCGUGGGUGGAGGAGCUCUCGGUAACCCUACACCACCACCACCCCCAUCACAGCAGGGACACAUCCAUCCAUCUCCUGCAGCAGCUCAUUGGACUGUCCCAGGCUCUAGCACCAGCCCCUCCCUCAGCCACACUGCGACCCCACUACCACCACCACCACCACCACCACCACCACAGCAAGUCAUGACCUUUGGCUGCCUCCACCCCUCCUCUCCUGUUUCUCCAUCACCUCACGCCGGCUCUCCGUCCGCCAUGAGUCCAGAGAACGACUACACCAACACCACCACCAACGGGCUGGACGAGAUGGCGAGGUCCCCUCCAGUGCAGCGGUGCCUCCACACCCAUGCUCCCGUCGCCACCAUCAAAGAAGAACCCACUUCCUUUCUCCCUACGGCCUACUCCACCCAGAAGCUCUUUGUGUACUCCCCCAGCGACUCCAGUGCAGCGUUCUCUCCUCCCAGCAGUACCACGGGGGCCGCUGCCGUCCCCGCGUCGAUCGGCACUCCUGCUCCUGCCAGCAGCGGUGCGGGCGCUCAGAGUGCGGCGGGGAGCGGGGCGACCGCCUCGCCCUGCGGGGACCGGGACAGGAUGCUGCGGGACAAGGACCGGCAGAUUGAAAUGCUGACCCGGAUGCUGAACCAGAAGCAGAGGCUGGUGGAGCUGCUCCGGAUGCAGCUGGAGCAGGGCAACCGAGGAGGCCGGCUAGGUGGUGGUGGGGGUGGCGGUAGGGCAAAGGUUCCAGAAGCCAAGGUCCUCCUCCAUAUCAAGAAGGAGCCCGGCGAGACCUCCCCAGUCUGCCUCGCUUCCCCGCCAGACCACCAGCCCCUGAGGUCGGGGCCUCCCUACGCGCCGCCGCACCACGUGGCGGUCAAGCAGGAAAGCGCGGCGGCGACGGACGUCAUGGAGACGCAGCUGCCGCCGUGUCCCGCGGGGGGGCUGUCCCUCGCUGCCUUCCCCACCCUGGGUCCUGGGGGUCCCCCGGGACCUGGAGGCCCCCCGGACGGGUCGGGAAACCACGCCAACGGGCCCGAGCAGCAGAUACGUCUGCAGCAGGCGGCGCUCCAGCUGGCCCAGCAGAGGGCUAUUCAGAAGCUCCUCCUACAGCCAAAGAACCAACAGACCCAGCAGCACCUGCUUCAGAGCGCCGGCCAACAGAACCAGCAGAACCUCCAGCAACGCUCCCAGCAGAGGAAGAAGAAGUCCCACAAGCAGCAGCUCAAACAACAGCAACAGCAACAACAACAACAACAACAACAACAACAACAGCAACAGCUACUCUCUCAAUCACAGCCACAGCAGCAGCAGCAGCCACAGCCCAGGCAGAGCCAAACCCAGCCCAAGCAACAGGUGCCGCUGAGGCCGCAGCAGCCAGUGAUGCUGCAGAGUUGCACCCAGCAGCAGCAGCAGCGGCAGCCGAUGCAGCAGACGGCGGUGCCGCUCCGCCACCAGAGCCCCGUUCAAGCCAAGGUUCAACAGUUGCUGCAUGCCAAGCAGCAGCAAGCACUGACGCAACAGACACCACAGCAGGAGAAUCAGGGUUCUCAACUUCUCCUCAACCAGCAGAAUGGCUCCGCCACCUCCUUCAACCUGGACUACCUGAAUACGGUCGUUUCCCCGGCCCUGCUUACCGACGGCAACGGAAACCACUUCCUGGUUGCACUGACCAAUCAUGUGUCCGAGUUACAAAAGACCAGCCCAUCAGAAAACAUUGCAACCACACAAAACACUCCAAAGGGACUCCAAGCUACACCUUGGCUCCCUGGCCAGUUAGCUCCUCAGCCAGAUUGUCCUCACAACCAAUCAGAAGACAGGACAUACCCAGGGUCCUUAAAAGUACCAAACAGAAAGGACGCGGGACCUGAAGUUGCAAUCGACCAAUCCCAGCAGGAGGGCAUCCAUUCCCUGUCAUCAUUCUUUGACAAUGAGACUUUGGGGAAAGACGCGUUGUUACCCUCGGUAAAAACGGUAUGCGAGGAGGAGGAGGUGUUCUCAGUCCUGGACCACAGCCUCCUGUUCAGCCCUCUGUCUCCAGCCUCUCUGAGGACGCCAGCCUCCUCUCCUGGUUACAGAGAAAACCCAGACGACCUCUUCGACAUCCUGUUUCAAACCGGAGAAAUAUCAUCCUCCUUCAAACCCUCUCCAGACCCCUCCCUGGAUGGCCUACACACCAGCAGCCCCCUUCCCCCUAUUCCUCCUCCUCUCUCCCCCCUACAGCGGGAGCUGUCCUCUCCUGCCUCAACACCACCCUUCGACCACCUUCAUUUCCCACAUGCGAUAAACAAAGUGUUAUCUUAUCUUAACACUCGGGAACAUCCGACCUUAUGUCCCCAAGAGGUGCUUGGACCGGCCUCUAACACAACCCCCAUCACCUCCUCCAUCACCAUCAAAGAGGAAACACUGGUGGAAGAAGAGGAGGAGGAGGAGGAGGUGCGGGGAGCCUUCCACAGCAGCGGGCGCUUGGAGGACUUCCUGGAGAGCGCCACGGGGACCCCCCUGCUGGGGGCGGAGCCUGGCAGCCCGUUGACCUUGAUUGACGACCUCCACAGCCAAUUGCUGAGCUCCUCCAGCCUCCUGGAGCACCCGCCCUCCCCCAUGGACACCUUUGACCUGCACGGCUGCCUGGCCGACACCCACCCUGGCCCGACUCGCUUCGAGGCCCCCGGGGGUCAGAUGGUGGACGUGAUGGAGUGGCUGGAUCUCACAAUGGGCACGGGGGAGGGGCUUAGCGAGGACACGCUCCCAACCGACUUGGCUCCGUUGGCCCCGCCCACGCCCGUAAGUGUCUUCUCCGCAGAUUUCCUCAACAUCUCAGACCUGCAGAUGGGAUGGGAUUCAUGCUUGUAAGGGAGCAGCACUUGCAACAGUCAAUGGGGGCCUCGGAGAAGGCCUGUGAUUCGCUGUGUUGUCAAUCAUCUCGGCCAAUCAAUGUUAAUGAUUUGUGUUUCAUACAGAAAGUAAGUCAAAUUACAUAUUUUCCUACUGUAUAAAGGUCAAGUUGGACCUGUUUCUUGUCCUAUUAUAACUUUAAAUCUCAAUUCCCAAAAACGAUGUGCAAAACUAUGCGACCAUUCUAUGUAAACCUAUCUCACUAGUUUGUUUCUAGCAGAAGUGAGAAAGUUCCACUGCCAUCACUUAUGGAGUACCGCCCAUAUAUGGACAGUCCUUUUUCAGGUCUUCUGUACAGGAACACAUGCAGGAGAAUAUAAAACGUUGAAUCACAAUAGUUGGUCUGUACCUUUCAGUAAAGCAAUAUCAUGCACUCGAUUAUGCAAUGUCUGACAAUACUUUUCAGGCAGGUUCUACGAUCCUUAAUCAGAUUAAUUAGUAGUGAUUUUACAGAAAUGAUUCAUGUUGGAGUUUGAAAGGGCCCCAAAACUUCAGGUCACAUUCAGACAUUUCAAUACAGCGCCAUUAACCUUUUCUAAUUUCCUUUCAGGAAAAAACAGCUAAUCUUGUUAGAAAUGCAGCAGCGUCAGCACUCUUGAUGAUUGCCUAAGACAAGGACUUAUCCUUGGCAAGUUUUAAAUGCAGACAGGAUGUGUGGUCUGCGUGAUUAUAAGUCAAAUUUUCUUGUUUAACUCAGCUAUCGAUUGAUAAUCUACAUUUAAGACUCAGUUGGUUUGUUAUCCACAAUUGCUCCACAACGGACUAGUUGUGGAGGCUUGAUAUAUUUCUGCCUAUUUGCACUUUCCCCCCACUGUCAAUCAAAUGACGUCAAACAGCUUUAACACACAAAGUUUACAAAGGAGAACACCAAAGUCCUCAAUGGGUUCAUGGGGUAUCAAUACUGGGUUGUUGAAAAUAGCUGCCACAGUCACACCAGUGCAGUUUUACAAUGUAGCCAUAAGCCAUAAGAGUGGAAAACUCUGUGUUUAACUUGUGUUGUAUUUUAUCUUCAUUAACAGUGAAUGUAUCACAAACAAUACAUAAUUACAAACGUAUUAUGGAAAGGAAUGAAAUUUAGCUAGAGACAUUUUAUAAUUUGAUACAUUGAUUUGCUAAGUUAUUAACCUGCAAAACUUUUGAUCACAUGUAUCAUUUGUUUUUUUCAUGCUUAUUCGUUUGCAUUUUGGUAAAUUAUCCCGAUGAUUAAAAUGACCGCAAAGUUAAUUGUUUGUGAAGCAGAAGGAUUUAGUUUUAUGAGCAUCAGGCUUUUGCAGCCAGAAUAUAUUUUUAGCAUGCCAUCAUUUAAAGCUCAUGGUCUUACUUAAUUAUUACUGAUUAUGCAAUUUAAUUCUCCUGAAUGUAAAAAAAGAAAGAAAAAAUAGCACAAUAGGGUUUUCGUUCAUGAACUUAAAUCUUACACAGAAUGGUGCAUGCUGUAAAAUACAAAUAAAUAUUUUAUGUUGAUUGGGUGCUACUUAAUUUUUACCACCAGAUUUGUGGUUUCACUGUGUGUGUGUGUGUGUGUGUGUGUGUGUGUGUGUGUGUGUGUGUGUGUGUGUGUGUGUGUGUGUGUGUGUGUGUGUGUGUGUGUGUGUGUGUGUGUGUGUGUGUGUGUGUGUGUGUGUGUGUGUGUGUGUGUGUGCAUGCGCACGCAUGUGUCAUUAAGUUACACACACACGACAUGCCCACACACACCCCAUACAAAAAUAGAGAUAGCAAAGGAGGGUAUAUGGCGAUUUACCCAUGCUGUAUUUUUGUAAAACACUUAAUUCGUAUGUAUUAUAAUAUUCUAGACAAUGUCUGUUCUUGUACUGCAUCAGUACUUUUGCCAAUGUGUUCUCCAUGGACUAUCCUCUCACAAUGGCCUUACAUGAUGCAAUCUCACUGAGUUUGCGAAACUGAAACAAAUCCUUGUGGUUGUGAAUUGUGUUAUAUAGAGAGUAGAUUCCUUUAUGGACGGAUGAAAAUGCACUGUAGAAAUAUUGAUAUGCUAUAAUGUAUUGUAUUUAGGACUAAUCUGUGACAAACAAAUUAUCGUUUGUUGCUAUUUUCUGUGCUAUACAAAGUUGUGUCGCUCACCAAGAUAAACAUGCCGUUUUGGAUCAUCUGUAAAUGCAUACAUGGGUGGAUUUGAGGUUGUUGGUCGUUUUCUGUAACAAAACAGGUUUUCAUGGAACUGAAAAUAAUCACAAACAUUUUCAAGUAUAAAUCUAGGUUCUAGCUCCUCCUCUACAUCGAAGGCUUAUUGGCCGGAGCCCAAUUCAUGCAGCUAAUGUUGUACCAACCUAGCUUAUCCAGGGAACUAUGCUUGUUGCUAGUUGGCAUGAUUUUAUUUUUUAUUUUUUCUUUCUCUAUCCUUUUUUUUCAACAUUGCACUUGAUGCAAGCCAAUAACUUAAAGAAAUUCAAAGUUAAUUUAGUUAAACAAGUAACAGCUCGAUAAGGUCACUGUUGCGCACAGGCGAGGGGCCAUAUUCUAACACACUCUCACUCUUAUCAGGAUGUGAACACUCAAAAAUAGUAAUUGUGCUACGCCUCUCUGUAAGCAAAUUAAAGUUGAUUGAACUUCUUCUCUGACGUUUCUUUUACUUUAACUGAGUUUUAGUUUUAACCAUUCAGCAGAUAUCAAGCACAUAUUCACUGUGAUGGGCCAGCAAACGCUUCAAAGGUUGGCAUUGACUCAACCUUGUUUGACUUUGGGAAUACUCAAUUUAAGAUGCUUUCUGCCUUAAUCUAUUUUGUUGGUUUUCUUGCUAAUUAUUUGCUAUGCCACUUGUACAUACAUAGCCUACUGUAAGUGUACUAUUUCCUUCAAACAAGUUUGUAUUGAUUCAAACACAAGACAUUUCUCAAAUUUGUAAGGCAUUUGUUUGCAGCAAUAUUUGCAUUGAUUGAAUAAUAAAGUGGAACGAAAGUGAAAUGAUUAAAAUAAAUAACACAAAAAUAUU